AAUCGAACCUCUGUUGGAAACUUGCAUGAUCUUUGAAGCUUUACUGGGUUUCCUUCUGGAUGGGGAGAUCACAGCUGAAAAUCAUCUGCGCACUACAAAGAGAAUGCGUGAUGGAAAAAGAACGCCGUGCAAUGUAUACCCAAGUGGAUUCAGGGAGGGGCCUUGAGGAAGACUCAAUUCAAGUAGUUUCUUCUGGUGAGGAGCAAAUCCCUCCAGCAGUCUUGCGUUCUAUCGAUGAUGCUGAUGACGAAGAAGUAGCCAGUACAUCCAGCUCUACCUCAGACCGAGCGAUACGGGAAGCUGAAGGGAUACCUCUGAUCCAAAUACGAACGUACGGAGAUCGAGUAAAAACUGGCGACAGUGAACCUGUGAGCCCUGAUCAACCUCAGUGUCGCAUCUGCCUUGAAUCCGAAGGUGAUGAUUUGAUCGCUCCAUGCCGGUGUAGAGGUACUCAAAAGUUUGUACACAGAUUAUGCCUUGAUAACUGGAGAGCUGCCAAGGAAGGCUUUGCGUUUGCACAUUGUACAGAAUGCAGAUCAGCCUUUCAUCUGCGUGCAAAUUUGCCCCCUGAUAGAUGGUGGUUGCGAAUGAAGUUUCAGUUGUUGGUGUUUAGAGAUCAUGCCGCAAUCUUCUUGAUUGUACAAUUGGUGGUAGGAAGUUUGGGCGCGUUAGUAUAUUACUUUUAUGGGGGAGAGCUGAGGGAAUUGUUCGGUUAUGAUGAUCAUCCAUACGGCUUUUAUGCCCUAGUAGUAGUAGUAGCCCUUUUGGUGGGAUUGCUUUACGGCUUCUUCAUAGCAAUCAUAUGUGGACAGAAUAUCAGCAAUCGCCAUUAUCACAUUCUUGCCAAGCAGGAAUUGACUAAGGAAUAUGUUGUCGAGCAUCUUAGCGAAAAUGAGGAGCCUCCGCAGCUAGACCCUGGACACCUAAACGAGUUGAAGAUGCUGGGGUUGUUCUAGUUCGCACGGGUUAAGCCUCCUCCUGUGCGAAGUUGUAAAUGUUUUGUAAGUUAUGGGGUGUCUUAUUUACUUCCAAAGCCCUGUAUUUGGGUCCAAAGACAUCGACAAAGAAAAUGGAAUGGGUCAUCAGUUUAGUUGCUGAACUCGGCCCAGAUUUUAGCGACACUUGAUCGAGAGAAAAAGUGUAAUCAUGGAUGCCGCAAAUAAGCCUGUCAAGCAAAGUGUUGACAUGUUUUUGUCCGGUGCUUCGAUGCAAAAUUACAUCAUGAAAUACUUUCAGUGCUGUAUCUGUGGCUCCUGACAGAGUUCUAGAGUGCGGCUGUGAAUUUGCUUUCUCACAGGAUUCGACUUGAUCGUCUCAAAUCGUCCCUCAGUUCGAAGGUCCAGUUGGGGCCUUAUGGACCCUCCUAAAACUACAGUUGCUGCGUGCCCUAGGUGUUACAAACUGUAAAGGAUUGCUGCCCCAACCCGCACAAACUAGUCUCCAUCGUGUUUAACAUUUUGUUGUGAUUAGAAAUUCUCGUCAUCUAUUCUGGUUCCAGGUCACGGAACACAGGUUUCUAGAAGCUGAAUGUUAAAUUUCCGAC